AUGAUCCAGAGGCUUGUACAAGCCAAGGCUUGCAUGAGAACUCGUUGCAAGCCACUUAUGAACGCAGAUGUGCUGACUUGGACGCCCUUGCACCUAGCCGUGCAACGGGGCUCCCGUGCACUCCCCGUCAUGGCAGAGCUCUUGCGAUUGAAGGCAGAUCCCAACUCAACCGAUGCACUUGGCUUGCCACUGCUGGGCAAUAGUCGAGAUGCUGCCACAGUGGAGUUUUUGGUUCAGCACCAUGCCGAUGUGAAUUUUCAAACUGGAGUGGCCAAGGUGUCCCCACUUGGUCUGAGUGCAGCCAGGGUGUCACCAGCCUCAGUUAUCAGCAAAUUACUGGAACUGCGCGCUGAUGUCAACGGCAGCGAAGCCCGCGGGGGUCUUGGACAUUCAGCUCUUGUGAACUUAACGUGGGAAUCGAAGACCGUCCAACAAGGAGGCGUGCAAUUGGCUGCGCUGCUUGUCCGCGCAAGAGCCGAUGUCAACGCAUCGGGGCGUGCGACAGGUCUCUUCCGUUGCCUUGAACUGGGCUUUCGGGCAGCGCUUUGCUUGGGCUCAAGAAGUUCAUUCGCUUCCUUUCAUGCAAAUAGCAGUUCAGGCCCACUUGGCUACGCAGCUCUCGGCGGGCACGCCCCCAUGGUCUCCCUCUUGCUUGCUUCCCGAGCAGAUCCUGACCUUCCCAAUUCGCGCGGCGUGACUCCAAGGCAGCUUGCAGAUGCCCAGACCCAACUCCUGUUUGAGUGCAUGGAGUGCUCUCCUGAGGAGCUGACAGAUUCCAACACGCAACCCCUGUUUUGCAAAGACAACGCCAAUGACUGGGAUGAGCAACGUUGCUUUUCUAUAUGA